CGGCGCGCGUGGCCGAUGUUUCACGCUUGGGUUAGCAUCCCGUUGAUCGUGUUCCUCAUUUCCUGCCGACUGCUGUUCGCAAGGGGUGAUUUCGCCCGCCAGCCCUUCCGUCCCACCGCUCGUGCGCCCGGCCGCCCAUCCGCCCGUGCGUCCGCCCGCCCCCCCGACCGCCUGCAAGUGGAGAGGGGUUCGUUUAGCUUUCAGGCGGCGCCUGCCACGUGUGCGCGGUUGGUCGGAAAUGACAGCCGCCAUGGCCAUGUCGUCCUCACUCUCGUCGUUGCGCAUUAGUGCGGGCGCUUCUGCCGUGGCUUCUACAUGCUCGUCGCCUCAGACGGCUUCUGGGGGCAAUGCCGACAAUGCGGCAGCGUUGGCCAAUCCGUCUCCGAGGUGUAAUUUAUCCUCAUCCUUAUCCUGUUGUAAAGGGAGCGUUUUCGCUGGCAAGAGGAAAGGUCUGGAAGCCGGGAUCGUCCGUGCGGAGCGCAGGGUCCAGGUCCAGGGGUUGUCCGUCAGGUGCCAGGGACGAUUCAUCCCAGCGGAAUGGCGCCAUCUCUACGAGGGAGUGGAGAAACUAGGCCCGGAUGUGUGGAACAAUACAUACUACCCGAAGGCAGAAGAGCACAUUAACAAGGAGAAAAAGUGGUUCGUGGUGGAUGCAUCAGACAUGGUUCUAGGCCGUCUUGCAUCCAAUAUUGCAGUCUGCAUUCGUGGGAAGAACCUCCCCACUUACACUCCCAGCAUCGACAUGGGCGCAUAUGUUGUUGUUGUGAAUGCAGAGAAGGUGAAGGUGACGGGUAGGAAGAAUCUGCAGAAGAUUUAUCGGAGGCACUCAGGAAGGCCAGGAGGAAUGAAGGAGGAGACAUUUCAAGCUCUGCAACAGAGGCUGCCUGAGCGGAUAAUUGAGCAUGCUGUUCGUGGAAUGCUCCCGAAAGGGAGGCUUGGACGGCGGCUAUUCACCCACUUGAAGGUUUACAAGGGAGCUGAGCAUCCCCAUGAAGCCCAGCAGCCACAACCACUGAAGAUAACAGACAAGAAGUGUCUGGCUAUAGCAAGCAAACAAUAAUCCUCCCAAAAGGAAAAACUAAAAGACAACUUUAACCGGAGCAGUGAUUGAGUUUUGCUCAAAAGCAUACAGUCUGUAUAGCGUCUUUUCUCAAUUGGAGCGGUGAUCGAGUUUUGAUCAAAAGCAUCUCACCUAUGUUGAUGUCCUUCCUCUUCCACUGACUGCUGGUCUCCUCCCCUUCCUCCUCCUCCUCCUCCUCCUCCUCCUUGUUAUUGUUCUUCUUCUUCUUCUUCUUGUUCUUCUUCUUCGUCCCCGUCUCCGUUUCGUCAUCUUCUUCGUCCCCGUCCCCGUUUCGUCAUCUUCUUCGUCGCCAUCUUCGUCUUCACCUCCUACUUCCUCUUCUUCUUCCUCUUCUUUUUCCACUUCUUCUACUUCUUCUUCUUCCUCCUCUUUCUUCUUCUUCUUCUUUCUGCUGCUGCUGCUCCUACCCUGCCUGAGCUCAAACACAUGGGAAGGAUAUGAAUCUAGGAAUACAUGCCAUGUCAGCCGUUUGUCUUCAUUGCCUCUAUCUCUGCCAUGUCAGCUGUUUCAUGCCAACAAUUGCCACGUCUUCAUGUAAAAGCUCAUCACAAAUG